CCCAUUGCUUUAUGUGCUAUAUAUACCAGCCAGUCUAGUUAAAAACCACCAUUUUGUCGAUUGACAAUUCUUAUUGAAGAUGUUAGCAUCUAGAAUAAAAGUUUCAAGUUACAGAAGUCCCAUAUUGGAACCUGAGGAAUAUGCAGAUAGAUUUUCUUCAACUGUGACGAAUGGUUUUAUUGCUUUAGAAAUAGCAAUAGGUUAUAAACUAGGACUCUUUUGUUCGCUGAAUGAAUUUACUUCCCCAGUUACAACAACAGAGCUCGCUAUAUCAUGCAAAUUGAAAGAAAGAUAUGUCAGAGAAUGGUUAGGAUGUAUGUCAGCAGCUGGUUUCGUUAGUAUAACACCCGAUGAUAAAUACUUCAUACCGGAAGCAUGCAAACCUCAUACAGAAUCGAGUAAACUCGCCAGUGUUUUUCCGCAUAUAGCUGCGAAUACCUCCUCAGUAUUAGAAUGUUUCAAAGAGGACGGACCAAAAGGAUAUGAUUACAGUAACCAGUUGGAUACCUUGAUGUGGUUGGACCAUGACAAGAAAUCAUGUGAUAGUAAAUGGAUUAAUGAAAACUUAUUUCCGGUUGGACACAUAGAAACAGGUAUUAAACAAUAA